UUGGCUCAAUUAAUCAAAUGCACCGUCCCAAUUUCCCCUCUUUCUCUCUCUAAACUUCUCCGAUCACUAUUUGUUUCUGCACUUGUUUUUCCUUCUCCGAUGGCUCCAAAUAACGGCGCUUCUCCCACCGGCUCCGGUCUGAUCGUUAGUUUCGGUGAGAUGUUGAUCGAUUUCGUCCCGACGGUUUCCGGCGUAUCUCUAGCGGAUGCGCCUGGAUUUCUCAAGGCUCCCGGCGGUGCUCCGGCGAAUGUUGCGAUCGCUGUCAGUCGCCUUGGCGGUCACUCUGCCUUCGUUGGAAAGCUCGGUGAAGAUGAGUUUGGCCACAUGUUGGCCAAUAUCUUGAGGGAGCACGGCGUUAACGACGAAGGAAUCUGCUUCGAUAAAGGCGCUAGAACCGCCUUAGCCUUCGUCACUCUGCGUUCCGACGGUGAGCGUGAGUUUAUGUUCUACCGAAACCCUAGCGCCGAUAUGCUUCUCAAGGCGGACGAAUUGAAUAUCAAACUCAUCAAAUCCGCUAAAAUCUUUCACUAUGGGUCCAUAAGCUUGAUCGUGGAGCCCUGCAGAUCUGCCCAUAUAAAGGCAAUGGAGGAGGCCAAGAAAGCAGGUGCUCUGCUUUCAUACGAUCCAAAUCUGAGACUGCCUCUGUGGCCUUCAGCAGAUGAGGCCCGUGAACAGAUCAAAAGCAUUUGGGACAAGGCCGACAUCAUCAAGGUUAGCGAUGAUGAGCUCAAAUUCCUCACCAAAUCCGAAAAGGUCGAUGAUGAAACUGCCAUGUCUCUCUGGCAUGAUGGCUUGAAGCUCCUCUUGCUCACUCUCGGUGAGCAUGGCUGCAAAUACUACACCAAGAACUUCCGCGGCUCCGUGGAUCCAUUCAAGGUCAAAACUGUGGACACAACUGGAGCUGGCGACUCGUUUGUUGGCGCUCUCCUUUGCAAGAUUGUCGACGACCAAUCCGUUCUCGAGGAUGAGAAGAGGCUGAGGGAGAUCCUGAGAUUUGCAAAUGCAUGUGGAGCCAUUACAACAACCAAGAAGGGAGCAAUCCCAGCUCUCCCAUCAGAGGCUGACGUGGAAGCCUUGAUCAAGGCUUCUACCUAGGCUGCUUCUUUUUCCUCUUGUGUUCUUGUUUUACAUUUUUGGCUCUAAUUCCCUUUUCGCAGUAGAAUUAACAAAAAGGCCCUUUUAAUUUUCUCCCAUCAGACUUUUGUGCUUAAAGUAUUUACUAAAUAAAAC